GCUGUGAGAACCUCCUGGAGGCCUAGGGGGUCACUGACUGGUCAUCUCAAGCGACUUCGAGGCUACCCUUCAAAGACAGACAUUUCACUUGCAGCAAAAUAAUAGGAAGGAGGUUUGCUUGCUUUGCGCAGAAGCUGAGCUACAGGAGAAAGCAGAGCCAAUGUGAUUUAUUGAAUGAAAGCACUGGACCCUUCCCAGCAACUUGUUCCUCUGCUGCCUCGAACAGCUUAAGCUGGAACUGCCGCUCGAAAAUGACCCAACAAAUGCAGAGCUUACAUCUUUCUCAGUCAAAGAAACACAGCGCUCCGGCGUCUCCCAAUGCUGCCAAGCGCCUGUACAGGAACCUCUCGGAGAAGCUGAAGGGCAGCCACUCAUCCUUUGAUGAGGCCUAUUUUAAAACCAGAACGGAUCGGCUGAGUCUCAGAAAGACCUCAGUGAAUUUCCAGGGCAAUGAAGCCAUGUUUGAGGCUGUGGAGCAGCAGGACCUAGACGCCGUGCAGCUCCUCCUCCACCAGUACACACCGGAAGAACUAGAUCUGAACACGCCAAACAGCGAGGGACUGACACCCCUGGACAUUGCCAUCAUGACCAACAACGUACCCAUUGCUAGGAUUCUUCUGCGGGCAGGGGCCCGAGAAAGUCCGCACUUUGUCAGCCGAGAAAGCCGAGCCAUGCACCUCAACACACUAGUCCAGGAGGCCCAGGACAGAGUGAGUGAGCUGUCUGCCCAGGUGGAGAAUGAAGGCUUCACUCUGGACAACACCGAGAAGGAGAAGCAGCUGAAGGCUUGGGAGUGGAGGUCCCGGCUCUACCGACGCAUGAAAACCGGCUUCGAGCACGCCAGAGCCCCGGAGGUGCCAGCCAAUGUCUGUCUCCUGGUAACCAGCAGCACAUCCCUCACUGUCAGCUUCCAGGAGCCCCUCAGUGUCAAUGCAGCUGUAGUGACCAGGUACAAAGUGGAAUGGAGCAUGUCUAAAGACUUUUCCCCUUUGGCUGGGGAGAUCAUCAUGGACAACUUGCAGACCCUGAGGUGCACAAUCACAGGCCUCACCACGGGCCAGCAGUAUUUUGUUCAAGUCUCAGCUUACAACAUGAAAGGAUGGGGACCAGCUCAGACCUCAACGCCGGCGUGUGCCGCUCCCUCUAACUGGAAAGACUAUGACGACAGAGAGCCCAGACACAGGGGACAGAGCGAAGUUCUAGAGAGCCUGCUGCAGCAGGUCCGAGCCCUUCAUCAGCAUUACAGCUGCCGGGAAAGUUCAAAACUGCAAACCACGGGCCGCAAGCAGUCGGUGUCGAGGAGCCUGAAGCACCUCUUCCAUUCCUCAAACAAAUUUGUGAAGACCUUGAAACGAGGACUCUACAUAGCCGUUAUAUUUUAUUAUAAAGACAAUAUGUUAGUCACCAAUGAAGAUCAAAUACCAAUUGUUGAGAUAGAUGACUCUCACGCCAGUUCUAUUACACAAGACUUUCUGUGGUUCACGAAGCUGUCUUGUAUGUGGGAAGACAUAAGGUGGCUAAGACAAAGCGCGCCAAUCUCCAUGUCCUCAUCCACAGUGCUGCAAACUCGGCAGAAGAUGCUUGCUGCGACCGCCCAACUACAGAAUUUACUUGGAACGCACAACUUGGGAAGACUUUACUAUGAGCCCAUUAAAGAUCGCCAUGGCAACAUCCUCAUAGUCACCAUCAGAGAAGUGGAGAUGCUUUAUUCCUUUUUUAAUGGCAAAUGGAUGCAGAUCUCAAAACUGCAGAGCCAGAGGAAGUCCCUGUCAACUCCUGAGGAGCCAACAGCCUUAGAUAUUUUACUAAUAACCAUUCAGGAUAUACUCUCCUAUCACAAAAGGAGUCAUCAGCGUCUCUCCCCUGGGCUGUAUCUAGGUUACCUAAAGCUAUGUAGCUCUGUGGAUCAGAUCAAAGUGCUCGUAACCCAAAAGUUGCCCAACAUUCUCUGCCACGUGAAGAUCCGUGAAAACAAUAACAUCUCCAAAGAGGAGUGGGAGUCGAUCCAAAAGCUUUCUGGCUCGGAAUCUAUGGAAAGUGUGGAUCAUACCGCUGACUGCCCCACGCAAUUGUUCUUCUCCGAGCUCCAGAUGGCAGUGAAGGCUCUCCUGAAGCAGACCAAUAUACCUCUCCACCAGGCAAGGAACUUCCGCCUCUACACACAGGAGGUGUUGGAAAUGGGUCACAAUGUGUCCUUUCUUCUCCUGCUCCCUGCCUCAGACGACGUCUGUACAGCCCCAGGACAGAAUAAUCCUUACACCCCACACUCAGGGUUUCUUAACCUCCCUCUUCAGAUCUUUGAACUAGUUCAUUUUUGCAGCUACAGAGAGAAAUUUAUUAGUCUGUAUUGCCGCCUUUCUGCUGUUGUGGAGCUGGACGCUCUGAAUACCCAACAGUCCCUGAGGGAAGCGAUCUCAGACAGCGAGGUUGCCGCUGCCAAACAAAGACAUCAGCAAGUGUUAGACUUCAUUCAGCAAACAGAUGAAGUCUGGCGUGAAAUGAGGUGGAUCAUGGAUGCCCUACAGUACGCAAGAUACAAGCAACCCGUCUUUGGCUUGCCCAUCACUAAGCUGAUAGACUCCUCCCACGAGCAGAAUCUAAAGAAGAUCAGUUCUACAUCAUCACAUAUAGACUGUCUUCCGUCAACAUCCCCAUCCCCAGAGACGCACAGAAGAAAGGCAAUGAGUGAGUCACAGCCCUGCUCCGAUGAAGAAGGUUGCUCAGAAGUCUUCCUCCCCACUGACAGUGACUACGACUCCAGUGAUGCCCUGAGCCCACGAGACCUGGACCUGGUUUACUUGUCAUCCCAUGACAUCGCCCAGCAGGCCCUCAGUGGCCUCAGUGGCAGCGCCCCAGAUGUCCUACAGGUGCACGACAUGAAGGCUUCCAUGGGGCCUGGCCAGGACCCUCAGGGCCCAGUGCAGGGCCCAGACACCGACCACUCGUGUGCAGAGUUUCUCCACAGCCUGACCCUCACGGGCUUAGCACCCAAGAACCAUGCCAAGAUGGUGCCAGGCACUCGGCCGCCACUGGGUUUCCUGGGAAAGCGCAAGCCAGGCAAGCACCAGCACUAUGGUGGCUUUAGCCGUCACCACCGCUGGCUGCGCAUGCACAGCGAGACGCAGUCGCUGUCGCUCUCAGAAGGCUUUUACACGCAGCACCAGUCUCGGGCCAGUGGCCUGGCUCAAGAUCCUGGGGAAGCAGAGGGUCCUGGACCUGUGGUGGAUGGGCCCCGGGGCCUGCCUCUGACCCACGCAGCCAGCCUCCCCGAGGAGCGCAGGAGCUGCCUCCAGAACCAUCCAAGGCGUUCAGUGCACAGAGUCUAUGUGGAAUCCUACCCAGACACACUCGUGGGCCAGGACGCAAAACUGUGGACAGGUUUGAGGCCUACCGCCGCAGGCCGUACCAGCCUGCAGAGCUCCACUAGUUCAGAGAUGAGUCCGGACCCCACGUCCCCGGUUUCAGAAAUACUAAGUAGUAUGCUUUAGGACGGCCCAUGUCAGCUAUCUUUUGUCCCUCUCACCCCCACGAUUCCUUGCAUUUCCAUCACCAUAUCCUGCACCAUUGUGUUCCCCUAUCUAAUUUCAAAAAAUUUUAAAGAAUUUCAAAGGUGA